AUGAGAUUAAGAGUUGUCAUGACUAUCAUUAUUUGAUCAAAUAUAAGAUCUCAGGGAAUAGAUCUAUUAGAAUGUUGUUCAUCUUUUAUAUUAAGAAACACCCAGAAAAUUCCGAUCUGAUGUGUUAUCCAGUCAUUCCAAGACUUUCUUCAUCAAAACUCUCAAGUCGACUUGUCAUCCAGUAGUCAGAACAGUUCUAGCUUUCAUUGUUGUUUUCCAUAUUUCUGGGUAUAUCUCCUUUCUUCUAUCGCCAACUCUCAAUGGAGUUCCUGGUAGCUACAAACAGAGGAGGCAUGGAAGCCCUUCCUUUGUUGAAAAAAAUCCUUUAGUGCUUCCUGAUUUAUUGGAACAGUAUUCUAAUUCUCAUUCAAUUUUUGCUAUAACUCAUCAACAGGAAAGGACAUCAGAUCUAUAAGAAGUUACCCUCGUCUGUUAAUUUGCCUGAACUCCUUGUCCUCAAGAGAGAUGGCAAGCCUAGGAUCUCCCCAAGUAGAAUACUUAAGGUUGGCCAGAAUAAAUUCUCUCUUAGUUUGUUUCACUGGCAACUCUCUAAGACAGUCAGAACAGUUUUCCUUAUCUGACCAAGUGCUUUGUAUCUUCAUUUCUGGCUAAUCUCAGAAAACCUCUGCACCACUCCUGGUUAGCAGAUAAGGUACUUGGUAGCCGCUUUUGCAUCCACUGGGCUUACCUUAUCCCGGCUAUCUUUUCCUGCUAUAUAACUUG